GGAAGCCAUGGCUUUGGACACGCUAUAACCGACCUGACUUUUCAGGUUUCCUAGACAAGAUUGACAUAGUCAAACAAAAUGAGUAUACACCGUCUGACCAGGAUCUACUCAGAUGCAGAGUUUUGACAUCAGGAAUUUUUGAAACCAAGUUUCAGGUGGACAAAGUAAAUUUUCAUAUGUUUGAUGUUGGAGGGCAACGAGAUGAACGCCGAAAAUGGAUCCAGUGUUUUAAUGAUGUGACUGCUAUCAUAUUUGUGGUGGCCAGCAGUAGCUACAACAUGGUCAUAAGAGAGGAUAACCAGACCAAUAGGCUUCAAGAAGCACUAAACCUCUUCAAGAGUAUCUGGAACAACAGGUGGCUACGGACCAUUUCAGUAAUUCUUUUCCUGAAUAAACAAGAUUUGCUAGCAGAGAAAGUUUUGGCAGGGAAAUCUAAAAUCGAAGACUACUUUCCAGAAUUUGCUCGCUACACUACACCAGAUGAUGCAACACCAGAGCCUGGUGAGGAUCCCAGAGUUACAAGGGCCAAGUAUUUUAUUAGAGAUGAGUUUCUUAGAAUCAGCACAGCAAGUGGAGACGGAAGGCACUAUUGCUAUCCCCACUUCACAUGUGCAGUGGAUACAGAGAACAUCCGGAGGGUUUUCAAUGACUGUCGGGACAUUAUUCAGCGCAUGCACCUUCGCCAAUACGAGUUGUUGUGAUGGAGAGCACUUUUUUCUGUGUUUUGGACUCCUUAUCCU